GUGACACUGGCUGUGGCGGUGGGGCUAAUUAAAUUUCCGGUUUUCCGGCGGGGUCGGGUGCGGGUGGGUCGAUAUCUUAUUUCCAGAACCCUUUAACAGCUUUCCUCUGCAACCUCCUCCUCUUCUUCUUCUUCCUCCACCACACCCACACAAGUUCCAAGCUCUUUCCUUUGGCUCUCUCUGCUUCCUUCCUCAGGGGCACAUGAUGUGGCUGCAUAGACAAGACUCCUUCAAGGAGAAGUUUGAGGGAUCUCAGUGAAGCCAGUAACAAUGAUGCUGAUAAUUAGCUUUUAAGCUUUGAGCCAUUACCAUCAGAAUUAUUUUGGAUUAAGCAUUUGAUACACAAUUCAUCUACUGUAAAAAGAGAUGUACAGGAGGAUGUUAUGUUCAUUUUAUAGACCCUUUACACCACAAAACUCCAAGUCCAUACAUACAAACGCCAACUACUUCCUCAACUUGGAAGCAGCUUUGGCGACCCAAUUUGAUACUAUGUUGCAAGCAUGCAGUGAUCAUUCUUUUAUUCAACAAGGUAGACAAGUUCAUUCACAUGCUAUUUGCACUGGGCUUAUCGAAAAUAGUCUUGUCGCCGCAAAGCUGCUUGGCAUGUAUUUCCAUUGUGCUAGUGUUGUGGAUGCCAAGAACGUGUUCUAUCAGCUUGAUUUAAAGUAUAGUUUUCCCUGGAACUGUAUGAUUAGAGGGUUUAGUAUAAUGGGCCGCUUCGAAUUUGCCUUGCUAUUUUACUUUAAGAUGUUGGCUGCUGGAGUUUCACCUGACAAGUACACUUUUCCCAGUGUAAUCAAGGCUUGUGGUGGUUUGAAUAAUGUGAGAUUGGGUAAAGCAGUGCAUGAUUCAAUGCAGUUCAUGGGUUUUGAGGUGGAUAUAUACGCCGGUAGUUCUUUACUUCAAUUGUAUGUCAACAAUGGCUGUAUCCAUGAUGCACGCCGCUUGUUUGAUAAAAUGUCCCACAAAGAUUGUGUUUCAUGGAAUGUCCUGCUUCAUGGAUAUGUUAAAAAGGGGGAAUUAAGUAAUGCUGUUGGUAUAUUCAUGGAAAUGAGGAGUAGUGAAAUUAAGGCCAAUGCAGUGACAUUUUCUUGCAUUUUGUCUGUUUGUGCCUCAGAAGCAAUGAUUAGUUUUGGUACUCAACUUCAUGCGUUAGUUGUUGCUUAUGGUCUGGAGUCGCAUUUUUCAGUGGCUAAUACUUUGAUAGCGGUCUACUCUAAAUGUCAUUGCUUGUCUGACGCUCGUACGUUGUUUGAUAUGAUGCCACGAACUGAUUUAGUGAGAUGGAAUGGGAUGAUAUCUGGUUAUAUACAAAAUGGGUUUAUGAGUGAGGCUUCACAUUUAUUUAAAGAGAUGAUAUCUGCUGGUGUCAAACCUGACUCCAUCACAUUGGCAAGUUUUCUUCCGUCGGUUGCUCAACCGGCUAACCUCAAGCAAGCUAAAGAAAUCCACGGUUACAUUAUUAGACAUUGUGUACCUUUUGAUGUGUAUUUGAAAAGUGCACUUACCGAUGUAUACUCCAAGUGCAGAAGUGUGGAGAUGGCACGCAAUAUUUUCAACCAAAGUACCAGAACUGAUGUCGUGAUGUGCACUGCUAUGGUUUCAGGGCUUGUCCUUAAUGGGAUGAAUACUGAUGCAUUGGAAAUUUUUAGAUGGAUGCUUCGAGAGAAAUUGAGGCCAAAUACUCUUACCAUGGCAAGUGUUCUUCCAGCUUGUGCUGGUCUAGCUGCUUUGAAAUUGGGAAAGGAAUUGCAUGGCAAUAUCCUGAAGCACGGGCUUGAUAAAAGCUUUCAUGUGGGUAGUGCCCUUACUGGCAUGUAUGCAAAAUCUGGAAGGCUGGAUCUUGCUCAUCAAGUUUUCCAAAGACUGUCAGAAAGAGAUGCGAUCUGUUGGAACUCGAUGUUAACAAGCUAUUCUCAAAAUGGUAAACCAGAAGAGGCCAUUGAUCUGUUUCGUCAAAUGGGGAUGGGAGGUGUAAAGUAUGACUGUGUAAGCAUUUCAGCUGCACUUUCUGCUUCUGCAAACUUACCAGCACUUCAUUAUGGGAAAGAGAUUCAUGGUUUCAUUACUAAAAGUGAAUUUAGCUCUGAUAUUUUUGCCGAGAGUGCACUCAUAGACAUGUAUGCCAAAUGUGGAAACUUAGUUCUUGCUCGCCGUGUAUUUGACUUAAUGGAAGAGAAAAAUGAAGUUUCAUGGAACAGCAUUAUUUCUGCUUAUGGUUAUCACGGUCGCCUCAAGGACUCUCUUGUUCUGUUCCGUGAUAUGCUUGAUAAUGGAAUCCUACCUGAUCAUGUCACCUUUCUUGGUGUGUUAUCUGCUUGUGUCCAUGCAGGCCAAGUUGAUGAUGGAAUGCUCUACUUCCGUUGCAUGACCGAGGAAUAUGGGAUCCCAGCUUGGUCAGAGCAUUAUGCCCUCAUGGUAGAUCUACUUGGGCGUGCUGGACGGUUACACGAAGCAUUUGAAACAAUAAAGAGCAUGCCAUUCUCCCCAGGUUCUGGUGUCUGGGGAACAUUGCUUGGAGCAUGUCGGGUACAUGGCAAUAUUCAGCUUGCUGAAGAAGCAUCAAGACAUCUUUUUGACCUGGAACCACACAAUUCUGGCUAUUAUAUGUUACUCGCAAAUAUAUAUGCUGAUGCUGGACAAUGGGAGAAUGUGCGUAAGGUUCGAAAUUUGAUGAAUGAAAGAGGAGUUCAGAAAAUUCCUGGGUACAGUUGGAUCGAGGUCAACAACAAGACUCAUGUAUUUGUUGCAGCAGACAGAAGUCACCCGCAAUCUGCUAAAUUACAUUCACUGCUCAACAUUCUUCUUCUAGAGCUGAGAAAAGAGGGUUAUAAUCCUCAAUUUUACCUUCCAAUGCACCCACAGACAAAGGGUAUUUGAUAAUCAGAAGGGUGAGGAAGCAGAUCAUUCUCUUGGGAUUCACUAUGGGCAUCUGCAUCUUCAAAGUUCAGAUAUUAUUUCCCUCUCCAUACUUUAUUUAUGAUACUGCUGCUCUAGUUAUCUGAAGUACAGGUGUAUUUAUGGGUGUUUUGUACAGUUCUGUUUUGUUAUGGACUUAUUCACUAUUUUCUACCCUUUCUUCUUACUAACGAGAGUAAUGUUUCUGACAAAAAUUAAAUCAAUAUGGAAAUGCUCUGGAGAUGCAUACUUAGUUGAGGAAUUUUUGAACGAGAAGGUGCUAUUGUGAAUAAAGCCUCUUCGUUCAUCUGGGAAAGUCAAUGAAAGCUUUAACAUAGGUCUAAAUUUCGCCUUCCCAUGUAGGAAAAACAAAUUACAAUAUGAUGGUUGCUAAUGUUGAACUUGAUGUAUUUCCAUAUUUUACCUUUUAUGGAUGUUGAGUUAUAACUAUGAUAUACAUCUUUGUGUUGAAAUUUUACUUGAAUGCUCCAAAAUGUGUGUUACUUGAAAUUGACCAGACAAGUUCCUGCUUCAGGUUUGGAGGGAAAAAAAAAGAAGGAAAAAAAGAGGAAGCAUGUGGGGGUGGAAAAGAGAGAUGGAGGUGCAGAUGGGUCGAGCAGCAAUUUUGGAGGAGGCUGCAAUUGUAAGUUACUUUUACCAUGUCAUAACUGAAAACUUACACAUUGAGUUUCAUAACUAAGGUUUAUAAUCUAUGAAUUAAUGACAGGUCUUCUCUACCCUUAGCCCAUUUGGAUCCCAAAGCUUCCAUCUUUAUUAUAUUUUUUCUUCUUCUUUCAUGGCCUUUCCAAAAUGCUGGUUUUGAUGCUUUUGCUGUGUUGUUGUGAUUUCUGAUUCAUGGGUUUGUUUCUGGGUUGUUCUUGUUUUGCUUUGUUUUGGGUGCGGAAGCAAGCCAUAUAUGAGUUGUGGAAUACUGGAAUGAGUGAAUGAUCAUCCUUUGUGGAUAGAAUUCAGUGUUUGAUGGGUUCAUUGUUGGUUCUGUUCAGCUUUCUUUGUUCCCAGUAUGGAUUUUAUGACCACAUUUUUCUAGAGACUUGCAGGAGUGGAACCUCAUAUUCCAUGCAACAGCUAUACCCUAGUAUAUAUCCCCAUAAUGAAUCAUAACUAAUGGCAGUGAGAGGAAUCAUAAUUUAACUUCUGACCUUUUGGGUAUUACAAGGAGGUGUUCAAGCAGACAAUGCUCAAUCAAGAAAUGAUAUUCCAGCAGGCAACCUGUCUAUCUUUUUAGCUUUAUAUAUGAACGAUUAGAUUUCACUUGAUGUCCUUUGAUGGAUUAAAGAUAGGGGUUUUGUCCCUUUACACCAAUUUUAGAGAUUUUUUUUUCCUCCUUACACCACUCACUCACUGUUUUCCCACUAACCCAUAAUAACUCUUAUAAGUUGUUCCUUAAUACCCA